GCCAGCCCAGCCCCUUGAUUUGCAGGUCAGGUUGCUUGCCUGUUGACCAAUGAACAACAACUUACUACCCAUCCGACGCUCUCCAAAGCCCAUCUCGGGUAUCAUGAACUCAGAUUAGAAGACAGAAGACUUACUCACUCGAACUUGCUGCACCAUCCAACCCAAACGAACGAGCACCGACGGUGGAGAUCAACAUGGCUACCGAAAAUAACCCCCAAUCCAAUCUCACGGCUGUCCGGCAAAACGAUCGAUUGGCACCCGCGCGUGGCUCCCGUACGAUGGUAAUCGACCAGGAUAGCAGUAGCCAUCAGGGGGAGGACAGUCAAGCAAACAACUCUAGCUCUGCUGCAACCCUUAUCCUCCGUGCAGGACCACUCCAAGACUCUCAACCCCGCCAACCACGAGUUCAAUGGCAAGAGAACGUUAUCGACAAUGAAGGCCUUGGCAGGAAGAAGAGCAAAGUCUGUUGCAUCUACAACAAGCCUAAGGCAUUUGACGAAUCUUCCGACGAGUCAGAUCACUCUGACUCGGACUGUUGUCCAACACGCUCAUCAGGGGCUAGACCAUGCCCAUCGACCACCUCGACCACUCAAGCCAGACUGGGCUCAACCAGUCAACCCACACCAUCCCAUUCACUGCCAACCCCACCUCGAUCGCCCAACGCAUACGAGGCUGAACCCAGCAAAUCCAAAGGCAAAGGGAAGGCCUGACCAGUUUUUCCGAAUUUGUUUGACUUUUUCCUGAAAGCUUUCCAGUGUGAUUUUUCUUCUACUUCUUCUUCUUUUCUAUGUACUGGAAGUUUUUCUGUGAGCUAGUAUUCACUCGCGUUGGCCAUUGAUCACCCACCUGCGUUUUAGAUAUCAUCGAUGUAUAAAAAUCAAGCAAUUCAUGUUCGUCAUGAUAUAGAUAGAUCAUGAUGUGUGUAUCCAUCCUCGUCCUUGACUGUUUUCAACUUUGACUACGAAGCCAUCGGUUUAGAUAUGAUGCCAGAGGGAGGGAGAGUUUGCACUUGUUCCAGCUCGGGCCGCUAACUCUUCUUGCCACUUGGA